CAGACACACACAGAGAGAGACAGGCACGCUCCCUUCCUCCCUGGCAAGCCAAAGCAGGCUGCGGCCUGGGAAAGGGGCACAAACAUGCGAGGGAAGGAGGUGAGAGAAGAAGGAAAGCCAACAGAGGUCUUCCCAAGGCUCUAAGAAGCCAGGGACGUCUUUGGAGGAAGGACCUUGGAGAGCAGGAUGGCUCAUUUGGCUCCAAGAAGGAAUGUUAUCAAUGGGAAGAGCUUGACCAGUUGACCUGAUAGCCUGUGCUGUCCAGAGCGUCCCAAGUUUAGGUCCAUUUUAGUAUCAACAUCAUAGAGUGGGAAGAAACCACAAGAGUUGACCUGUCCAACAUUUCGUUCUCCUGCCUUGGCCCCAAAACAGAGGCACACUUCACGUCUGACUGGCUCAAAGGAAAGAGCAGCACCUUGCACCGUGUUGGCAGCUGCAGAUCUGUCUCUGAACCUUGGGAAUAUGUCGGCUUUGCUGCAAACCACGGAUGGGAGCGCUGAGGGGAUGCCGUCCAGAAUGCUGACUGGGACGCCUAGUACAGAGAGCGGAGGGGAGAAGUGCAAGUCCUCUGAUUCCAGUGGCGAAGAGGAGCCAAACCGGGGUAAAAAGAAGCCGCGGAGGCAGCGGACCCACUUCACCAGCCAGCAGCUGCAAGAGCUAGAGGCCACAUUCCAGCGGAAUCGCUACCCGGACAUGAGCACCAGGGAGGAGAUCGCGGGGUGGACCAACCUCACCGAGCCCAGGAUCCGGGUUUGGUUCAAGAACCGGAGGGCCAAGUGGCGCAAAAAGGAGCGCCACCAGCAGCAGUCGGAGCUCUGCAAAGGGGGCUUCGGCCCACAGCUCAACGGCUUCUCAGGCAACCCGUACGAGGACCUCUACUCAAGCUACACCUACGGUGCCUGGGGCCCCAAGGCCCUCCACGCCAAUCCCAUCCACAGCAAGGGCUUCCAGCUCUUCAACUCCAUGGGUCUCAAUGCUGCCUUUCCACCCCAGAGUGUCUUCCCUGCUGCCGGAAGCUCCUCUGCACCCGGCGUUCCGGCAUCGCUAGAGAACUUCAACAGCCUGCCCGGCCCAGCAGGGCUUUCCAGUUCCACGUACGGAGCCGGUGCCCCUUCACCCUACAUGUACAGGGACCCCUGUGGUGCCAGCCUGGGUGGCUUAAGACUCAGGGCCAAGCAGCCUCAGGCACCCCUUGGCUACGCUGCACUGCCCAAUCCAGCCAGCAGCCCCGGCUCCGGCCAGUAUACUCAAGACAGACCAGUGUGAUGCUGGGACCCGAAAAGAGCCUGCCUGGAUGGCUAACAGACUCUUGGAAUUGGGAUCUAGAAAAGGCUCUUUGUUUUAUACUGUUAAUAAGGGGCAUGGAAGAUCAAAACAACAGCUACA